UACUGCCCUAGAAUAAAGCCGUCAUGCCUCGGGGUCAGAAAAGUAAGCUCCGUGCCCGUGAGAAACGCCGCCAGGCCCAAGAAGAGCCCAGGGGUCUGGUGGGCGCUCAGGAUACCGCAGGAGAGAGAAGAGAGUCCCUGUCUUCUUCCUCUGCUCACUUCAGGCAUAAUUCCCAGAGUUCAGCUGCUGCUGGGACAACUAACAAUCCCCAAGGGCUUGGUCGCACCCCAUCUGCCACCACUACUACUGCAGCUAGUUCAUACACAAGAGCUAAUGCAAGGGCCAACAACCAAGUGGAGGAAAGGUCAAGAUCCAUGCAGGCCCAGUUUGUCACCGAGCACUUGCCCAGAGGCCCUAUAGACGAGAAAGUAUUCAUAUUGGUUUAUUACCUGCUGUAUAAGUACCAAAUGAAAGAGCCCAUCACGAAAGUCUACAUGCUGAGAUAUAUAACCCAUGUGUAUAGGGACUACUUCCAUGAGAUUCUGAGAAGAGCAUCUGAGCACCUGGAGCUGAUCUUUGGCCUUGACCUGAGAGAACUGGAUCCUAACAAGCACAUCUAUGUUCUCAUCAACAAACUGGAACCAACCUGUGAUGUAAGGCUGAGUGAUGGCAUAAAUGUGCCUAUUACUGGCCUGCUGAUGACUAUCCUGGGUGUGAUUUUCAAAAUGGGCAACUGUGCCACUGAAGAGCAAGUCUGGGGAGUGCUAAGUGUGCUGGGAUUAUAUGGCUGGGGAAGGCACUUCAUGUUUGGAGAACCUAGGAAGCUUAUCACCCAAGAUUUGGUGCGGGAAAAGUACCUAGAGUACCGCCAGGUGCCCAACAGUGAUCCUCCAUGCUAUGAAUUCCUGUGGGGUCCAAGAGCCCAUGCAGAAACCAGCAAGAUGAAAGUCCUGGAGUUUUUAGCCAAGGUCCAUGAUUCUGUCCCGAGUGCCUUCCCAUCCUUGUAUGAAGAGGCUUUGAGAGAUGAAGAAGAGAGAGCCCGAGCCAGAGCUGCAGCCAGGGCUCGUAUUGCUGCCAUGGCCAGUGCACGUUCCAGAGCCGUGUGUAGUAGGUCCUCCCAGCGCAAAUAAGUUCUGAGGCAGAUUUUUAACUUUG